AGGAGAGAGAGAGAGUUAGGACAACCCACUAGACAGAAAGUGAGGCAGAGAAAAGAGGCAGAUUUGGAAAACACAGAGGAGGAGGAGAGAGGGAGACAGAAACCCUGCCCAGUGCACCAAACGGUUUCCUGUUGCCUGGCUGUAAAACCUUCAGAUUCCUUCAGACUUUCAGAGAGCCUGAAGUUUUCUCAUCUCUCCUGCGCUGUCUGCGAGGCUUCCUUGAAAGAUGCGGGCCUGGAUCUUCUUCCUUAUCUGCCUGGCUGGCAAGGCACUGGCAGCCCCUCAGGAUGCCCUUCCCGACGAGACUGAAGUAGUGGAGGACCCUACCACCACGGAACCCGUCGGCAUCAAUCCCGUCCAGGUGGAGGUUGGGGAGUUCAAGGAGCCCACCGAGGACGCGGAGGAGAUUGUGGCUGAAAAUCCCUGCCAGAACCACCACUGCAAGCACGGCAAAAUUUGCGAGGUGGACGACAACAACACCCCCAUGUGCGUGUGCCAAGACCCCUCCACCUGCCCCCCCAGCGGGAGCGUGUACGAGAAGGUGUGUGGCACUGACAACAAGACCUACGACUCCUCCUGCCACUUCUUUGCCACCAAGUGCACCCUGGAGGGCACCAAGAAAGGACACAAACUCCACCUGGACUACAUCGGCCCCUGCAAAUACAUCCCCCCCUGCCUGGAUACCGAGCUGACCGAGUUCCCCCUCCGUAUGCGCGACUGGCUCAAGAACGUGCUGGUCACCCUGUACGAGCGCGACGAGGACAACAACCUGCUGACGGAGAAGCAGAAGCUCAAGGUGAAAAAGAUCCACGAGAACGAGAAGCGCCUAGAAGCCGGCAACCACCCUAUGGAGCUGCUGGCCCGCGACUUCGAGAAGAACUACAACAUGUACAUCUUCCCCGUGCACUGGCAGUUCGGCCAACUGGACCAGCACCCCAUUGAUGGGUACCUGUCCCACACCGAGCUGGCCCCGCUCCGAGCCCCUCUCAUCCCCAUGGAGCACUGCACCACCCGCUUCUUCGAGGAGUGCGACCUGGACAACGACAAGUACAUCGCCCUGGAGGAAUGGGCCAGCUGCUUCGGCAUCCAGGAGAAGGACAUUGACAAGGACCUUGUGAUCUAAACCAGCAGCUUCCUUCUCUGUUGCCUCCUUUUUUUUUUUUUUACCUCCUCUUUCCUUUUAUUUUUAAACCUUUUUUUGUUUUGUUUUUUCCCCUGGGGACAAGGUGCUAAUAUAGAUCUACACGUAUAUUAACGGUGCUAAAAGAAACAACAACUUAUUGUUAGUAGCCUAAUGAAAUACCACUAGAAUAAUCUGCUAACUUGUCAAUUUCAGAGUGUUCUUCUCUGUUUUCUGAUUGGAAAACAAUGUUACACUAACCAACUCUGUUCCUGUGCUAAGUAGCUCCUCCCUCUUCUUAUCCUCGCUUGGAUUUUCUUCUCAAACUCCAUACUAACACGUUCUUCAGAUCUUACCAUGUAGAGCAAAGCCAUCCCAGAGGAUUAACUCCCUGAUUUCCCAAAGGCAAGUGAGGGAAGGUGUAUCCAGAGGAUGUUAGAAGAUUGGGCUUUCCGAAGUUUACCGGAGCGAUUGGUGGUGAAAUUUGGGGUGCUGGAUUUCAGUUCCUGUUAGGGAGGAUAGAGAAUGGAAUGGGAUAGAAACUGAGCUUUCAGAAUGGCAACAUUUAAAUUCCCAGGGCUUGAAUUUAAAAAUAAUUGGGCACAAAUAGCUUUUUGGGGAAAAAAACGCACAAAUUAAAAAAGACUCAUCAUGUAAAAUCCCCUCUAAAAUAAAGGUUUGAAAAUGCUACCUGCUUUAUUAUUCCUCA